AUGGCUUCCCAAAAUUUUGAGCCCAUCCAUUUCCCCGACUUGAGAGACAAGAUCGACACCAAAAAAAACCCCCUCCUCGGCUCACUCUUCCUCUUCUUCGUCUUCUUCAUCACCUUCCUCUUCGUCUACUUCAUCUACGUCUGCGCCCGCCGCCGCCACGACGCCGCCGCCAGCCCAGACUCCAACGCGCCGCCGCCGGGCCUAGACCCGGCCACCAUCAGCUCCCUCCCCGUCUCCUCCUACGGCAAGAAGCCGAGCCACGGAGCCGAGUGCGCCAUUUGCCUGAGCUUGUUCCAAGAAUGCGACAAGGUGAAGGUUUUGCCCCUCUGCCGCCACGGCUUCCACUCGGACUGUGUCGACGAGUGGCUCAGGACUCGGUCGAGUUGCCCCCUCUGCAGAGGCUGCGUUCACCGAGUUGACUCGCUGGGUCGCGAGUUCGAACCCGGGAUGUGGAUGGUGCCCUGA